UUUUCUUUCCCUUUAGGAUUUUGUUAGAUGGUUCUGGUUUUCUCGUCCUCGCCGGCGCCAGCGCCCAGCGACUGAUGCACCUGAGCGCGGCAGUUUGGCAAGAGAAAAGCAGCAGCCACCGCUGUGGCGGCCCCCUCCAAAGGGAUUUCAUCCGCAACCAUCACAUGCGGCAGCAUCUCAACGUCUUCAGGGACCGAGUCGACCAAACCGACACGACGGCACAAUUUCCAAAGCAGAAAAUUCGAAACCCGCAGAAAACCCCAUGGGGAAAAACCUCCUAUAAGAAAAUAGAAAUCGUCACGCCCGACAGGCCGGUAGUAUGACGCGCUUCGUUGUAUACAAUCGAGACACCGAAUCGGGCGGACCUGCUGCUCUUGUAGUUGCGGCCCGCUCUAGCACUGACUCCUGCUUUGGUUCUGCCCUCCCUCUCUCUCUCGAUUCGUCCACCCGUGCGCCGAUUCCAACUACUGUCAGCGACGGUGCUGAUCACGCUGUCCAGGCUACUACACGCCUGAACCUCCUAUCGCCAGUCAAUCCUCCACGAUCCUGGUCGCCCGCCAGGCCUGCCUGUGUCCUUCCUGCGCUCAAGGUCACGAUGAGAUCCCAGCGAAAUAUUCUACCCGCAGGCCCAUCAGCAGCCAGCAGCGCCUCAUCAGAACGGGAGUCGACACCGCAAUCCUCCACCGGAACCGCCUUGAAUGUGCUUCGACGCCGUCCCCAGACAAAGAUUGCUUGCACUUCGUGUCGUCGGAAGAAAUCAAAGUGCGGUGGCCAGCGCCCCGUGUGCUCCUUAUGUGCCAGCAUGGACCGUACAAGGUGUGAGUACGACGCCGGCCCAGACAUUACUCGCUUUGCCGCCCUCAAAAUCAAGCACGAGGAACUGCAGCGCCGCGUUACCCUCUUCGAAGAACUCUUUCGCCUGCUGUCGAUAUGCUCCGAGGCCGAGUCCGUCGAAAUCAUACACCGCAUGCGCACCGUCAAUAUCGAAACGGACCUCGAAGACCUCGUCAAGUUCAUCAAGAACGCCAACUUGUUGAUGCAACUGGCCUCCGCCUAGUCAAAUCAGACACCUCCCGCCCCAGGGGAGCCAAUUGUCGACACGCACCUCCCAAUCAUGCCCCUGGACCCCAUAUCCUCGUUGAAUUUUUAAACACCCUCUGAAGCACGGAACGUAAGUGA